AUGAGGCAACUCAGCUCCGAUAUACAAGGCACCGAGUGGGAGAGAUUUUAUUUCCACCGUUUUCGAGCCGAAGCACUCAAGGGACUCGUUCUACAUGCAGCUAACUCUGGCUCAUUCUGGCAAGGCCUCGUGCCCCGAUUUGCUCACCAUAACGAUGCCGUCAAGCACGCGAUUAUAGCGCUUGGUUCCACAUAUCAUUUACAACUUCAGCAGAGAACAACUGUUGCGCCGCGACUCGAGGCUUUUACCUUGCAACAGUACAAUAAGGCUAUCCAAUCACUGCGCGAGCCCUCUGAUGGCACCCCGCUUGAACAAGUCGAGGUUUUACUGAUGUGCUGCCUCAUCUUCAUCUGCAUAGAGUCUUUGCGAAAUAACAAGCAGGGAAGUAUUCUACACCUCUCCAACGGCUUACAGAUCAUUGGACAACUCCCGACAGCGCUGCUGGCACACAUCAUAUCCGACACAGACUCGGAUCCUAAUAAUUACGAAGAACGAUUGACCAGGUCAGAAUUAAAGCAGUUUUUGGCAUACUUUCAAGACCUUGAGAUUGGUACACAAGUAUUCGGAGCACCGGAUAAGCCCGUGCUAUCUUUGCGCAUGUUUGAAGUGACCAAGGAUGACGAUGGUCCCCGGGACGAGUACAAGUCAUUACAGGAGUGCCAUACCCAACUAAUUCGAUAUGGCCAUAAUGUGCACGCGCGUAUCUGGCACACCUUGCCAUACAAAGGCGACAACGAGUUUUGGGCGUCCCCUGAUCAAAUCCGCGAGCAUGAGCGUCUCUUGGACCGUGGGAGACGCGUGCUAGAGAUGACUGAUCGGUUCAUGUCCAGUCCUCUCGGACCUGACCCCGACACGGACAGGGCUGGAUUCAUUUCCGGCACGCUAGACAGGAUGCAUAGCCGUGGCAUCCUGCUUAUGGCCGAGUGCAUGCCCAAGAACAUUACCCGACGACAGUUGCACGAAUUGGAUCCGCAAUGGAGCGAGGUGGCGACUUUGGUGGAAAGACUGUACGACCUCAUUCAUUCGCCCCCGGAAGCUGCUGAGGAUGGGUUGAAGAGAACGUCAGCACUGCACGAAAACACUCGGGCAAUCACCAUUGACAAUGGUCUGCUGAUAGGGAUUCACGCCACGCUCUAUGGCUCGGGCAAUCGAGAUACCAGAAGACGAGUCAUGGAUGUGCUGAGACGCAUGGAGAGUAGGCGCGAAGGAUUGUACGAUGCUAGUGUUCUUCUCCGGGUGUUUGAAGCCAUGGGCGCUGAUGGCCAUGGCACAUAUGCGUCCGAACUGCUUCUGGAUGAUCUGGCGGGGCCCGGACUUAGCGGGGUCAAUGGUCUAUUAGGACUCGAGGCCAGGCUUGCAGAGCUUCAUAUUGGUUGGAGGGUGCCGCCACAGUCCUAA